AUGAGCUCUGUCGUCGAGCCAACCCAAGGAGGGUCGGUUCGGCCAGACAGCGAACCUCGAGUAGCAACAUCAAGUGUUUCUGUCAGCGAGACAAGAAGCAGCAGUCGAAAGAAUGACUCUUACGAGGCUGAUCCAAGCACCCCGUUACUUCAACGCGCAAGCGCUGAGCCGCAAAUAAGUCAAAGAAGCAGACGUUCAUCGAUAGUAUGUCGACUUGUGAUCCAGCUGUUGCUCAUAGGUGCCCUGAUCAGCAUUAUUCACACCGUCCGACCGUGGCCCAUCACUUCCCCGCCAUCGCAUCCGCGCGGAGCAACAUCGCUGCUGCCCAACUCCACGCUCACUAACGGCACACACGCUUUUCGCCGAACCGUAAUCCUGAUCUCUCUCGACGGUGCCAAGCCCACUUACCUCCAGCCUUCCCUCGCCCCACACCUAGUCUCGCUCGGCCUGUCCAGUCAACGCUCUCGCCUAGCCUCCUACCUUCAACCCAUCUUCCCCACCUUGACAUUCCCCAACCACUGGUCCCUGCUCACUGGACUCUACGCCUCCGCCCACGGGAUCGUAGCCAACGACUUCACCGACACCUCCACGCACAAGCAGUUCUAUUACACCAACCCUUCUCAAUCGUGGAAUGCCUCAUGGUGGAGAGGUGAACCCAUCUGGGCUACCGCUCAGCGAUCCGGUCUCAACAGCGCUGUUCUCAUGUGGCCCGGUCCACCCGUCACCGCUGCAGGCGUAGAACCGAGGUACUUUCAAGAAUACCAAGGCGGUCCACACUGGAACCUCGAUGCAAGAAUGAAUCAAAUACUAAAAUGGAUCGAUGUGCAAGACGUCAGUGAACGGGCGAGCUUGAUUUGCGCCUAUGUGCCGGAUAUCGAUCAAGCCGCGCACAAAUUUGGACCAGAGAGCAAACAGGCGUUAGAGGCGGUUCGGAGGGUAGAUGGGUUUAUAGGCAAGCUACAGCAGCAAUUGGUGAAGGAAAGAGGGUUGGGAGAGAUUGUGGACAUACUGGUGGUCAGCGACCAUGGAAUGACUUCAACGAGCAAUGAGAGGUUGAUAUUCCUGGAUGAUCUGCUUGGAAGCGAGCUAUACGCGAAAUUAGAAGCGAGGGAUGGGUGGCCGAGUGCAGGGUUACGCUUCAAAGGAGACACCGAUGAGCAACGACAAGCGCUUGAACAAAAAGCUCUUGACCAUCUCUCAUCGCUUGUGCACAAGCACAGACGAGGUUGGAAGCUUUUUACGCGCCAAGAGCUUCCGCAACGCUUCCACCUUGCCGAUCAUGGACGGGUGCAUGAUCGUCUAGCCCCGGUCUGGCUCAUCCCGGACCUCGGGUGGAGUAUCACAAGCCAUGACGAAAUGGCCACGUUUGCAGACCGCACCUACGCCCCCCGAGGCAACCACGGUUACGACAAUAGCGAACAAGAUAUGCACGCCAUCUUCGUUGCCCAAGGCCCGUCGUUCAAAGCUCUCGAGCGAAAGCAAGCAGCGAGACGCAAGUGCAACAUGGACGGCUUUGCGAACAUAGAGGUGCACAAUCUUGUUUCGCGCAUCUUGGGCGUUAGGCACGAGUCACGAGCGCCGACGAACGGCACUUGGAGUUUCUGGGAUGUGCACCUUCGAGACGGUUUAUAA